AUGUCUUCUCCAUUUCCCCUCCUCCGUCUUCCUCGAUUGGUCCUGUCUGAUGUAUUUAAAUUGUUGAAUAUCGAAGAAAAAUUCAAGCUCUCCCUCUGCUCCAAGAAAAUCUCCACUCAAAUCAUUAAUGCUCGUUUGUACUCUGAAAAUGUUACAAUCGAUCUGAAUAUGUUAUACCAAAGAAUUGAAGUGUCCUCUGAAAACAACAAAGAUACAUUAAACAUCUUCAAUUAUUACGACUGCGAAGCAAGCAACAAUCCGGAUAUCCACCAGUAUCGAAUUGAAGAGCGUACUGUGCCUGUGUUCUCCGCCGGAUUAGGAAUCACGCUAUACUGGAAGAAUCUUGGAGAAGGAUUUCUGUCUGUUAUACGGUAUCUCUUGAAGAUAUUUCGAUGCAAGUUUUCAAUUAGUAAUGACUAUAAUAGUGAUUUGUAUGGAAAAGCGAUUUCUGAGUUGUUUGAUCUACAAGUGGAAUUCAAGAAGCUCGUUAUUUGUUUUAAUCUAUUAAAGAAUCAACAUUUGUUGUGGAACAAGAUGUCCAGGAAUUUGGGACUUGUUGAGGAUCUCAACCUCUCGUCUAUUCCUGGUCCUCUUUUCAGACCAGUUUUCACUUCGUGGCCACAAAAAAUUAGUAUCACGAGUUCCUAUUGGUUCACUCUGGAAUCUCUCUUGACGUGCACUUGCAAUACAAUUACACUCGGCUGGUCUCUCUUGGAAAACAAGGAUUUGGAUAAGAUACUCAAGAAUUGGAAGACUGGAGGGUUCCCAAAUUUAAAAUGUUUGAAGAUCCAUGGUGAAAGUAUUACAAAUAAUGGAACGAUGAUUUUGGGAAUGAGUUUCAGAGAGUUAAACGGGAAGGUUAUCCAAACUGAUGAUGGAUCGAAAAAGGCAACUAUUAAACUUCGCCCCCAUAAUAUAUAA